CGGAAGUGAGAGUAAUAACCCAUCCGCCAUUGUGGAACAGAGUAGGGGGAAUUCUGAUUAGACGUUAUAGAGCGUGAAUGUUUCGGAGUAACUUAAGUAGCAUUUGCCACCGAGGACAUCUUCAGCAGGUUGACAUUCGCCGCCUGUGACGAUUGCACCCGAGUGUUUGAGAGGGAAACAACAGCGUGUAUAAAUCCAGCGAGAUUGAUUUAACCCGAAAGGAAAGGAAAAAUAACGUUAAGCUACUAGCAGACGGCAGUGGCAGGAGAGACCGUGGACAGUAAGAACAGCUACCAGUCAGGGCUCCUGGAGGAUGUCUGCGACAACUGUCGAUCAGAGACCUAAAGGACAAGGAAAUAAAGUGCAAAACGGUUCAAUGCAUCAGAAGGAUGCAGUAAAUGAUGACGACUUUGAGAAUUACUUAAGCAGCCAGACAAAUCAGAGUAAUAGCUACCCACCAAUGUCUGACCCCUACAUGCCCAGCUACUAUGCCCCGUCCAUUGGAUUCCCUUACUCUCUGGGUGAAGCUGCUUGGUCUACUGCAGGAGAUCCCCCUAUGCCCUACUUGACCACCUAUGGACAGAUGAGCAAUGGUGAGCACCACUUCAUCCCUGAUGGAGUUUUCAGCCAGCCCGGAGCUCUAGGCAACACACCUCCCUUUCUCAGCCAACAUGGAUUUAACUUCUUCCCCGGCAAUGCAGACUUUUCAACCUGGGGCACCAGCGGCUCACAGGGACAGUCCACACAGAGUUCUGCAUACAGCAGCAGCUACGGCUAUGCCCCCAGCUCCCUGGGGAGGGCCAUAGCAGAUGGACAGGCAGGAUUCGGCAGCGACACGCAGCUUAGCAAAGUUCCGGGCCUUAGCAGUAUUGAUCAGGGAAUGGCUGGCCUCAAGCUUGGCUCCGACAUGGCGGCUGUCACUAAAACCGUGGGCUCCCCUCUGGGAGGGACGGCGGGCAUGAGCAGUAUAGCUGCAAACAGCAUGCCACCCGUCAGCUCCUCUGCCCCCAAGCCCACGUCAUGGGCGGCGAUUGCUAGGAAACCUGCUAAACCUCAGCCCAAGCUAAAGCCUAAAGCCAACCCAGGCAUGGGAGGCGGCACUGCGAUUCCUCCGCCACCCAUCAAGCAUAACAUGAACAUUGGCACCUGGGAUGACAAAGGUUCCAUCACAAAGCCUCCCCUUGCUCAGCAGAUGCUGCCCCCUCAGCCACUGGUGCAGCAGCAGCUCCUGGCCCAGCCACAGCCCCUCCUGCAGAGCACCUUGCCUCCACAACCCCAACAUCAGCAGCUCCAGCUGCAGUCCCCUCAGCCCCCUCAGCAACUGCCCCCAGGUCCCCCUCACCCUCUCCAACACCACCCCUCUCAGCCUGCCCCACCCCAGCCCCAGCAUCCCCACCCACAGCAGAGCAUCCCGCCUCAGAACCGCUGGGUGGCUCCCAGGAAUCGGGCCGCAACCUUCAGUGGGGCAGAGAGCUUUGGCCUGGGUCUGGCCGGAGCCCCACUUGGCACCUCACCCUCAUCUGGUGCUGGCGAGGCCCACCCUGUGCUGGAGAAGCUCAAAGCUCUCAACAACUACAACCCCAAAGACUUUGACUGGAACUUGAAGAAUGGACGGGUGUUUAUCAUCAAGAGCUACUCAGAGGAUGAUAUCCACCGCUCCAUCAAGUACUCCAUCUGGUGCAGCACGGAGCACGGCAACAAGCGUCUGGAUGCGGCAUACCGCUCGCUGGCGGCCAAGGGCCCACUCUACCUACUCUUCAGCGUCAACGGCAGUGGGCACUUCUGUGGCGUGGCUGAGAUGAAGUCUGCCGUGGACUACAAUGCCUAUGCCGGUGUCUGGUCUCAGGACAAGUGGAAGGGCAAGUUUGAGGUGAAGUGGAUCUUCGUCAAAGAUGUGCCCAACAACCAACUGCGGCACAUCCGCCUGGAGAACAAUGACAACAAGCCCGUCACCAAUUCCAGGGACACUCAGGAGGUGCCCCUGGAGAAGGCCAAGCAAGUGCUCAAAAUUAUCGCCACUUUCAAGCAUACCACCUCGAUCUUUGACGAUUUUGCACAUUAUGAGAAGCGUCAGGAGGAGGAGGAAGCCAUGCGCAGGGAGCGAACUAGAAAUAAACAGUAACCUUACAGAGGUCUCCCUGCUAGAACUUCAACACUAAUAAUGUAGAACCUUGAAUAUUGCCUAACCACAGAGGAAGAAGGGGGUUCUGAUAUAUUUUCUGCUGAAGACCAUGUAUGAACACUUAACACGACUAUGGACUAUUGUGUCAAUUUUUGAUGCAUUUGCCCUUAUCUGAAGUCUCUCAUAAAAAAAGAAAACAAUUUGCUCAAUUAAACUGUAUCUUUAAGCACUUUCAGUCCUUUCGAAAAGCUUCUACCAAUACCCUUAACUCACCGGACUUCUGUUUGGUAUGAACUGACUAACCAGUGUAGUUGGUUUUGAGGAUUUCACCAGACUUAUUUGUAGGUUUAUUGUCCUUUUUAUUUUAUUUGGUUUUUGGAAUUCCUCACGGUUUCGACGCUUUGUCGAGUGCUCUCAGAGGAGAUGAAAAAGUGUAUGUAAAAUGACAAAUCUUUACUUGAAUCUGUGUGAAGCUCUGUGAAGAGAUCAGGACUGAGAGGUAGGCGAGGCGUUUGCCCUACCUGAUUGAAGCCCCAGUUGGAAUAAUCAUGGCCGUUGUUGUAGACUGAAUCCCCUGCCUCUUGCCCUCCCCCUGCCCCAUGUAACAUCUGUUUCUGUGUACCAAAAGAUAAUUAUGCAGCUUGCUGGAUGACACCAGUUAAUGCACAUUUUUGUUUUGUUUGUUUUUUCUUGUAAUUGUCAUUCAAAAGUGCAUUUUUCUAAGGGGAAACUUGCUCUGUGAUGCCAUACUCUCACAGCUGCCCUCUCCUCUGGAGUGUAUGUACCACACUGGGAAAUGGGCCUGCCCACAAGCACCCCCGCUGUCGUCCCGCCACCUGCCAGAGCCCCUCACACCCACCCAUCCCUCGUCGGGGCGGAGUUUUGUCCCCAUCGCAGAAGCUUAUCCAGAACCAUUUUCUCCUUUAGGUGACUCACUAGCUAAAUAAACAUUAUCCAUGUUUAGCGAUACCAUGUUUUUGAGUUUUUACUUAAAUCUGAAAUGUGCUGUUUCUGCCGUUUAGGGGCACCAGACAUAUGUUGUCCAAAUUUUGUCGUAUUGCAUGAGAGGUUUUGUUUUGGCAUU